AUGAAGGUGUCGCUAGCAUUUGUGGUGGCGAUGGCCGCCGCCCACGCUCCCAUCCUGCUCUACGCUCGGUCUGCUGGUUCAGACGUGGCCGUAGGCACGGUUACCGUUGACGGAAGAAGUGUCAAUCUCGAUAAGGCCGAGACUGAAGGUGCUGGCCCCGCGUGUGUCGGCACUAAAGAUCUCGCCAACCACGAGUGUUUCGGGUAUACCGAGUUAUCGUCUGACUGGGGGGUCGAUGUGUUUUUGGAUAAACAGGCCGAGAUUGCCCGCCUUCUGAUCCGCCAGGGCCCGGGAAGAGUGUAUAAGUUCCGCGAGGAGCCCCAGCCGAACUUGAAGGCCUGGGCCGUCACCAACCGCAAAUCGCAAGACAGCAGUGAAAAGCCUAAGGAAAAGAAAGGUCCUCAUACGGAAAAGAAAGUCACCAAGAAAACCAUCGUCGAAGAAGAUGAACAGGGGAAUAAAGUCGAGCGCGAAGUGGAAAUUGAAGAAGAAGUCAUUGUUGACGACCGCCUGUUUGUCCAGAAGUACUGGGUGUACAUGGUGAUCCCGUUGGUGAUGUUCAUGCUACAAAAGGACCCGCAGAAUCAGAGACCUAAGCAGGAUUAA